AUGCGGCGAGACGUUCGAAUUCUAGUUGCUGGAGACGUGACAAUACCACCAAAUAUUACUCCCGAAAAUGUUACAACGCAUAUCAUAGAUUCUUCAGCUCGAACUGAAAAUCGAGAUCACUUAGAAAUGGAAAUUAGGAAGGCACAUGUCAUUUGUAUUGUAUAUUCCAUAGAUGAUCCACAUACGUUUAAUCGCCUCGCUUCAUAUUGGUUACCUUACAUUAGAAGCCUGGGGGUGAACGUUCCUGUCGUGUUGGUUGGCAACAAAAUAGAUCUCCGUGGAGAUCAAGUAACAAAUCAAUCACUAGAGGACGAAAUAAUACCAAUAAUGAAUGAAUUCAAGGAAGUAGAAACUUGCGUGGAGUGCUCGGCAAAACAGCCGCUUAAUGUUUCGGAAGUAUUUUACUUUGCACAGAAAGCCGUCCUGCAUCCGACUGCUCCAUUAUAUGAUUCUCGGGAACACCAGGUCUUGAAACCAGCGUGCAAAAAUGCACUUAAACGAAUUUUUAAUCUCUGUGAUACCGACAAAGAUGGAGUAUUGAAUGAUGAUGAACUGAAUGAAUUUCAGCGCAAAUGUUUUAACGCGCCUUUACAACAACAAGAACUUGAGGGUGUUAAAGUAGUUGUAAAGGAUAAUGAGCCAUCCGGUGUUAACGAUGUUGGAUUGACAGAACUCGGCUUUUUAUUCCUUCAUAAACUUUUCAUACAAAGAGGUCGUCUUGAAACAACAUGGACUGUUCUUCGACAGUUUGGUUACGGUGAUGAUCUUUCUCUACGAGAGGAUUUUUUAUAUCCAGAAAUCGACAUACCACAGGAUUGCUCGGUAGAAUUAAGUCCUUAUGGAUAUCAAUUUUUUGCCGAUAUAUUUCAGUCAUUUGAUAAAGAUAAAGAUGGAGCAUUAAAAGAUGACGAACUAGAACAACUUUUUAGCACAGCGCCUCAAGGAUCUCCGUGGACAAACUCUGAAUUUCCGGAGACUACAAUCACGAAUGAAGCUGGGGCUGUCACCUUGCAAGGAUGGUUAGCUCAAUGGAGUAUGACCACUUUGCUUGAUUAUAAAACUACAUUGGCUUAUCUCGCUUUCCUUGGAUUUGAGGGAGACACAAGAAGUGCUCUGAAAGUGACAAGACCAAAAAAUGUCGAGAGGAAACGGAAUAAAGUGCAGCGUAAUGUCUUCCUCGUCUAUGUGUUUGGCGCAGCGGGUUCGGGUAAGACCACACUACUAAGAACCUUUCUAAACAAACCGUUCACGGAAGGAUAUUCACCGACUACUAGAACUUUUAGUGUGGUCAAUUCUGUGGAAAUCAAAGGAGCUGAAAAAUAUUUGGUACUUCAAGAAUUCGGCUCAAAAUAUGAAAACGAAAUUCUCCAAAAUAAACGCAAAAUGGAAGCAUGUGACUUGAUAUGUUUUGUAUAUGACUCUAGUGAUGUCAAUUCCUUUUCGUAUAUUGUGGAGCUGCGGCGAAGACAUUUAAUAUUAGAAAAUCUGCCGACAGUGUUUGUCGCAACCAAAAGCGAUUCUGACCUUGUCCAACAGCGACACGAAGUCCAACCAGACGUUUACUGUCGCACACUCAGCCUAUCAGUCCCUAUAAGCGUGUCGGUACGUCUACAACAGAUCGCCGACCUAUGGAACCUGAUGACUGGGUACGCAAUGAAUCCCGCAACAGCAACACCGGGCGGAAUAGUGGACGCUAAACAUGGAACGUCGCGCGUGAAACGGUAUUUGACGUUCACAGCUUUGACUGGGGUGUUUCUUGGCGCGGCCUUUUUGGGCAUAUCAAAUGUUGAAUCAAAAUCGACACGUAAAAAUAUGCACCCAAUACGCAAACCAGCCGUCGAAACAACAGAAGAAGACCUGCUCAAUCUACAAGACGAGUUUCUAAAUACUCAUUCUAAGCCGGCUGCUAUCUUAAUAAAGAAAGAGCAGGAGCGAAGAAGUGGUGACAGUGGUGAAGCUGCCCAAGGUGGUCCUGGAGAGUCUAUUACUACUAAACCUCUUGUUGAUCAGGUCAAUGUUAUUACAGAAAAAGCAAGUACAGCAGAACGCUUCGAAAUGAACCUUGACAACGACGAGUCCAACAAUUCCCCAACAGAGCAGCAUGUGCCCGCCAUAAAAAAGGUACUGGACAUGCACUCUUACAAAACCAAUACGGUUAAUCUGGUUAUGGAGAAAGAAACAACUGGGGAACCGGUGAUGCCGCCGUCUCUUCUUAGAUCUCUUUCUUCUAGUAAUAAUAUAAGUGGAUUUCCUCGGCCUGUUCAUAGAACACAGUUUUUUGCGCGGUUGAAGAAAGAUCUAGAUGAUCAGGAAAGUGGUGAUAGUAAGGGAUUAGGAAAGAAGCCUGAUAGCAAAUCUCAUUUAAUGGAUAUUGACGAUGAUAAAGAGAAGAAGGAUGAAGAAAUACAUGACGAAAUUCAUAAAGAGAAUCUUGCAAAAUUGGCUAUUAUGUCUGAAAGCGAGAUUUUGGAAGCACAGGCUGCAUCGCAACAGCCACCUAUCAAAGAUUAUAAUAUCAUGAAUACAAAUGAAGAAAAUAAAGAAGAAAAUCAAGAUAUCGACGACUCGCAUCCACUCGUUAUGAAAAAGAAAUACUUCCCAGAAGUACCAGCUGAGCCAGAAAAACUCGAAUGGAUGGGCCUUACAUCACUUGAAAACAAGUCUCAGCAGCAAAAGCCGCAAAAGCCGCAAUCUUCAUUCGAUAAUGUUCAAAACAACAACAAUAAUACAACGUUUGCCUUUCGUCCAUAUACCGCCAGCCCAAAUGACCCAGUGGCAGCGUCUUUAAGAUUCGACUUCACUGGCAACAUUCUUGACAAGAAUGCAAAUAUUGCAGUUCACAAAGGGCUUCAUCACCACGGCGAUAAUCCAGAGCAAGCAGGGUACACCCUUUCAGAACUACUUUUUCUGAUGCGUAGUAACGUAAAAAGCCAACGAAUUAUCCCUUUGAAUGUUGUCGCUCGUAUAUUUAGGAAAAUACGAAGUGGUAGGUUUGAUCGAAAUGGAGAUGGAGGUGACGAUUUAGGGAAAGGAAUAGCAGCAUGGGUGAUAAAGUUGAAUGCUCCUAUAUAUUUGCGAAGUGCACUCGAUGAUACACAUGAGUCCGCUACCGUCGCUGCAAUUGAUGCGCUCGCAUCUUGGAUUAUUGGUGAUAAAUUGGAGUUUGAAAAGGAAGAAGAAAUAUAUGAUAGUGUAUUGGGAUUGUAUCGCGGAUAUGAGAUUAUUUGUGUACGUAUGUUAAGGAAACUAAGGUCAAAAAAACGGUUUGGCAUGGAGAUUCUUGUUGAAAAGAGAGACGAUGACGAAAAUGUAGAUGAUGAAAACGCUACAAUUGAACAGCAUGCACGCAUCGCCGCAAAAGAUCUUGUAGUUGGAUUCUUGUCAAUGGAUAUAUUGCAUCGAUUUCGAUAUAUGCUUGAAAUUGGAAGUUUACCACCCGUCUCUGUCGAGCAAAUUCUAGCAAUUUUAGUAAAAUUUGCACGUCACUCUACAAAGAGUGCCGCCGAAAUUGUAGAAUGUCCACGCCUACUUGAUGUUAUCCACCAAGAAUUUAUUUGUUUGCCAUGGCCACCAGUUGUUGUCCAACCUGUAUCGAUUAAUACCUCAGACAAAUCAGCAACCAUUAAUAAUCUCCAACAAUCAAACUAUCCAUCACUUAUUGCUGUUAAAUUGUUGCGUGUACUCUGCCAGUCAUCAAAACAAACAUGUCAAGAAUUCAUCAAAAAGCAAUACAUUGAAACAUUAUCACGGUAUGUUGUGAUUCGACCUUCCUCUGUGUCGAAUAAAUUCUAUAAAGAGUUGGGAUACGAUCUUUUCUUGGAAAUUUUGACGAUAUAUCAAGUGAUUGCAGGUUAUGGACUGUAUCAUGAGAUACUCUUGCAAGAAUAUGUUUUGUUCAGAUAUUUGAUGCAAAUGGCAUAUGAGAUAAAGAUGCCUUGGGAAUGGAGCAUCAUACAUCCUUUGCAUGAUGACCAAGGAAAACAAUAUGAUAGUAUCGAUAUUAUGAAGAAAAAAAUUGAAAUGAUCAUUCGGUUUUUCAGAUUAUUAGAAACGUGGACGCGAUCUUUGUCCAUUUUACAAAAAGUCACUUCAAAUAAAGAGACUACUUCUAGUCAUACUACAGCUAAUCAGAACUCAUUUGAAAUAAGACCCAGUGAAUUUAUUCGAGACACACUAGAAUUACUACAAAAAUGGACACACGAGUUUUCAAAAAUCGCGUCAUCAGAACACAUGGUCGAUGAAAAUUCCGAAAAAUACCUCGAUUAUGAAAAGGCUAUCGUGUUGAUAUCAAUUGUUUCUGCCUACAUUUCCAGUUGGUGUGAAUACUUGAACGUGUUUCCUGUUAAAGAUAUCACUGAAAUUGUAGAAUUUUGGAAACGUUUAGAUUUAUCAAACUGGCAUAACUCGAUAUUGUAUGGAUUUUUACGGGAACGAGUGCAAUCAUUCUCUAAUAUCAAUGAUGACAAACAAAGUAGUGUGAUAGUAGAGAAUAAUGAUUGGCAAUUGCCAAAUUCCCCUGGUGCAUAUCACCCAAGAACUCGCAAGAUUCUUUCUGCGAAAAUAAGGAUUUCAGUUAUAUGUGAUUGCUUAUUAUCGCAUAUUCUGUUGAUAUGUAAUAUCACGCGUCUGUUAAGACAUGAUAGCUCUAAUAAUGAGAGUAUUAUCCAGGAAUCUCUACACGUGAUUAAUGAAGUAUAUCAAGUGUUAGAAAUUUUACACGAAAACCGAGUUAAGCCAAAAUUGAUAAAACAGACAAGAAAAUGGCUUGAUUUCUUUGAUCGAUGGAGCGUUUACUUGCAACAUGAAUGGCUACACGUUAUGCUGUCAUAUGAUAAUAAUUUAUCUUUAUUACCAUCUGAUGAUGAUGCUAGUAACAAAUCAAAAAAGACCUUAAUUACAGCUCUGUUCUUGGUUCAACAGUAUAUGCCAGGAGACGAGAAUAUGGCACUGGAAACACUAGAAAUUCUUUUUGAUAUGCUGUUAACCAAUUCUCAUGACUUGUUAUCAUCAGCCACGUCAAUGAUCAAGACUGACGAAAUAAAGAAAACUCUAUGGGCAUUCUACCGGAGCAGAAUUAUUUCUGGAAAUAUUACUCAAAACUUGUCUCUUCAAACUAAAGGUUUCUUUGUAGAUUUUAACGACAAGAGUUCGAAAUUACCCCUAAAUCCUGGAUGGGUCUUUGCUCCAAUUGACGAAUUAUAUUCAAAGAGGAAUAACUUUGUGAUGGAUAGUGACGUAAAUAACAAAGUUGUAAAGAGUUGUUUAACCUUUGCUUUGUUGAUACAAUCAGUUUGUCGUCAAUUACGAGUCGGUCAUUCUGCUCAAGCAGCUUCGCAGCAGAAGCCAAUAGACACUUUUGUUAUGCUAGACCCGGCAGUUAUAAUUAUUUCUCUUAUGAAAGUCUUUCUUUUAAAAGGAGAACUUUAUCGAGAUCCAGAAAUUAACUGUUUGAUGGAAAAGCUUGUAGAGAUGUACACUCUACAAAAAGCACUUUUGAAUUCCAAGCUUAACAAAGUCAAUGAACUUGCUGCUGCUACUACUACUUUUGGAAAAUCAGCACCAUCACCACCACUAGAAAAUGUAGCUUCCCACGUUCUAGAAAUUCCAUUCUACCAAAUUUUCACAGAUUUUUGUUCAAACUACGCUUCGGAAUCUUUUGGCCACAAACUUUUCGCGCGGCUGUUGUUGAUACCGCUUGCGACUGGAUUGUAUUCAAUUGAUUAUCGGAUGUUGGUGUGGAAUGAUAUGUUUGAACUUUUGGGAACUAUUGGCGUUCAAUAUGAUGAAACUAUUUCAUUGGUGAGCGGACGCGUCAACAUCAGAAACACGCCAUUUUUGUAUUGGAUCGCGGUGCAUCAUUUAUCGGGAUUUGUGUUCGGGCCAGCUGAAGAAGAUAGUAACAAAAGCAAUGAUAAAAAGCAAACUGAAAAAAAUAAAUCGAGGAUCGAUCUCGCUAAAGCUUUGGUUACUGGUACAACAGAACAAGAUCAAAUAGUUCAUGAUUGGAUUUGUAGUCGUGAUAGUGGUUAUGACAAAGAACAGAAUGAUGGAUUGUCAUUUGUUGUAAUGCCGGAUUGCUUUAAUCUUGCUUCUGAGAAUGAGAGGAAGAAACGUGAAAAAUGGGUACAGGAGAAUGUCAUUUAG